CAAACUUAUGGGAAAAAUAUAAGCUCAAGUUAGUUGGAUUAUUCGUAGCUUUGUGUAUAUUUGCAGCAUUAUUCUUAGCCGCUCAUCGAAAAGCACCAGAAGGACAAAACUUUGCUAUUCUUCAAAUUGGGUUAAUCAUAUUUGAUUUGUCUGUCUAUCUACUUUUUGUUAUCAACAAUUCAAAAGAUAUUCCGUGGCUUUACAUUCCAAGUCUUGUCUUUUUAGUUGUUCCUGUCUCACUGAAUACACUCAUAGCAUUUUGGAUUAUUAUGGAUGAAAACACUCGCAAAAAAUUCUUUGCAUGGUUUAGUCGUAAUGGAAAAGUUGUUUCGAUAUUUACAUUAUUGGCAGCUUCUGAUAUUGAAGCAUUAAAGAUUCUACAAUCAAAUUUAGCAGG